AUGGAGCAGUUUCUGGCCGCCUGGGACGUGGACAUUGACGAUGCCAGCAAAGACAAGAAGGAGCUGUAUCAGGCCUUGCUGGAUAAGCUGAAGGAAGAUGAGUCCAAUCUGGAGGUGACCUGGCGUCUAGUCCAGGCCUGUCUCGUCAUGGCUGACAGCUUCGAAAAGGUGAACAACAAGGGCGAGGCGAAGAAGUUCACCGAGGAGGCAUUCAAGUACGCCCAAAAGGCAGUCGAACUGGGUCCCGAGUCGUUGAAUGCUCACAAAUGGUAUUGCGCUGCAGUCGGUCGAAUGGCUCCUUUGGUUGGAACGAAGGAACGCAUCAAGUUCGGCCAUGAGUUCAAGGAGCAUCGUGAUAUUGCCGUUGCCAUUGAUUCGACUGAUAAGCUCCUCCAUCACAUGUUCGGUCGAUGGUGCUACGAGGUGGCUUCGCUGUCUUUCAUCGAACGUAAACUUGCAUCAGCUCUCUUCUCCGAGCCGCCAAAGGCCACUUAUGAAGAAGCUCUGGAAUCGCUGGAGAAAGCUGACAGCUUGAAGCACGAGUGGAAAACCAACCACCUCUGGCUUGGCAAAACUUUUAUUGCUCUUAAACGAUACGCUGACGCAAUUAAGUGGAUUGACCUGGGCCUCACCAUGCCUGUUCAGACUGAAGAGGAUGCCGUUACUGAGAUUGAAUUGAAGAGCCUGGAAAAGUCCUACUCCAAGUACCGCAAGUAG